AUGCCACAGGGAAUUUUCGAACGAUCAGUGAUUCAAUAUGAUGAUAUUCCAUCUGCACGAAGCAGUCAUACAUUGACAGCAAUUGAUAAUCAUUUGUAUUUAUUCGGUGGUGAGCAUGAUCCACGUAUACCAAUUGAUAAUGAUAUUUGGCGAUUUAGUAUAAAUGACAAUCGCUGGAAACGUUUGUCGAUUGAUCAAGGUGAACGACCACCACCCAGACUUGCACAUGCAGCGGCUGCUGUAGAACAUAAGUUAUUUAUUUUCGGUGGCCGCACAUCGAUAAAUAUGAAAGAUAAUACUUUAGAUGAUUUAUAUUCAUACGACAUUAAUCUUAAUGAAUGGACACAAUAUAAAAAAAUAUCUGGUAGUAAAGAAUGGCCAGAAAAACGAAGUUAUCAUUCAAUGGUUAGUAGCGCUGAUCAAUUAUUUGUUUUUGGUGGUUGCGGUGAAGAAGAUCGUUAUAAUAAUUUAUGGCAAUAUGAUACUUUUCAUAAACAAUGGAAAGAAUUAUCUUCACCUGAUUCUCAACAGCUUGUAGCACGUGGUGGUUGUGCACUUGUUUAUCUUAAUAAUGCACUUUGGGUAUUCGGUGGUUUUUGUGGUCAAGAAUUAGAUGAUAUAGCUAGUUUUGAUUUAGUCACAAAAACAUGGACAUAUAUAACUGAUGUUAAAAUUUCACCACGUAGUGUUUUUGCUUUUGGAUGUCUUGAUGGUGUACUUAUAGGACAUGGUGGUGAACAAAAUCCUUCCCAAUUAGGUCAUGCUGGUGCUGGUGAAUUUGCUGAUGAUGUAAUUAUAAUUCAGCCAACGAAAGAAAAUGGUGAAUGUGUACAAGCAAAACGGCUUGAAUUUACAAAACCAAUUGGUGGAAAACGUGGUUGGCAUGCUGGUGCAACAAUAAAAAAUACAUUUUAUGUAUUCGGUGGAAAUACAACUGAAAAUGAACGUGAUAAUACAUUACUUGCAAUUGAAUUCCAGUAA